AUGUCUUCUAAUCUUACACAAGUCAUAGCUCAAAUACAAGAAGAAUUUAACAAAAGGCUUGAUGAUUUAGAACUUGGUUUAAGCAGCAUCACUGAAUCAAUUUCAGAAGUCGAUAAUGCUCAAAUCAAUAAGGAUGAAAUCAGUAAAAAAAUAGAAUCUUAUUUCCCAGAAACAUUCUCUGAUGAACCAUCAAAGGCAAUUGAUGAAGUUCUCACUGCGAUCAAAUUUUCAUUAGCUACAAAAUCAAAUACAAAGAAACUUAUUGAAAAAGCAAACCGUCAGUAUGUCGAUCUAGGUUUUCAACGCGCUUCUACAGAACUUUCAGCUUCUCUAAAACAAAUGGUUACACAAGAAGAACAAUCCAUUGAGGAAGAAAUAACAAGACUCGAGCAAAAGAUUGAUAAGUUACAUGACCAAAUGUACGAAUCUUUCAAAGAUUUACGAUGCUACAUUGAUGAAGUUGCAAAGUUCAAAAUGGAAAAGGAAGCAGAGCAGUCUGCAUACGCACAUGAUAGAGGUUAUCGUGGAAGAGGCAAAAAAGUACAAAUCGGAAUUCCAUUACUUAAAAGAAACCUUAGAAAGCAGAAACCAUCUCCUACAGAAGAUUCUAAGCCAAAGCUAGAAAAGUCGCCAUCUCUUGAGCUUGUUGUUGGCAAAAGUUUAAUUAAAAACUUAUCUCAAACUACAAAACCAAUUAAUAAGCAAUUGAUGCCAUCACCAAAGCGCACAUAUUAA